UUCAGGGACAAACGAGUCAAGGGCCGGGCCAUCAAAGCCGCCACAAAGCUCUUCGCCAACACCGCCCCCAUUGUCAAGACCAUCGAAGCCGGCGCCGGCCUCAUCAAAAUCGGCGACACGCUGUCCAAGGCCAACGAGCUCGCCGGCAGAGUCAAUGACUUUGCGCCGCGUGCAAACCAAAUGGCCGAUGGCCUCAACAGGUUCAUCCCCGCCAUGCAGGUCAUGGGUCAGUCCGUCGCCGACAGCGCCCGCAUCUUUGCGUAUUUCAGCAUGAUUGCCACGACGGUGCGCAUCGGCAUGAACCUCGUGCAGACGUACCAGGGAAUCCAGGCGCUGCAGCUCAUCGCCGCCAAGCUGCAGGACAUCUCGGCGGCCCUGCAGGCGCAGACGGCGCUCAUGGCCCAGAAGGAGUUUCCCGACUAUGUGCACAGCAUGAUUCGCGAGCGCCUCAUGCAGACGUCGGGCGAUCCGUCGCAGGACCACUGGUUCUUCCUCUGGCACCCGGACGAUGACUGGUAUCCCAAGUUCUUCCACCUGCUGGAGGAGAAGCCGCUGGGGACGCGGUUCUGCGGCUACACGAACCAGAUUGACUCGGUUUUCGUCUUUAUGAUUGCAGCGCGGCGGCGCAUCUCAGAGAUGGAGUACAAGGCGCGGCGGCGAGGCCAAUCAUUGCGCCCAACACGGCUGCAUCUCCUGGUGCCGGCAUAUCAGCCCGUUCUCGUCGCAGAGGCUCUCAGAAUCCCCGAAGAGGUCGGCGACUUCGUCAUGGAAGGCCGCAUCAACAGCAACCGCGAGCUCGUCUGGCUGAAUCUGCCCGACGACCAGCGGCACUACACCCUGAAUAUCGGCCAGUGGAUCCCGCCAAAUCCAACCUGGCUGGGCUGGGCGGCGUCGAAAAUCGGGCUGGGCGAAAAGCCGCUGAGGCUGCGGACGCCGAGGCCUCUGGGGUCGAGCCAGAUACCGCUGGAGAUUGAG